CACUCGUCAAUGCGCAGGCGCCCAGCUUAGUUGGUCUUCUUGUCCUGUAAACAGAGGGGCUUGCCGCUGUGGGGUUCUGCUUCCGGGUCACCCUUGACUGCGGCUUUCCACACCCCGCUCAGCCUAGCAAUUCGGCAGUUUGGAGCAUGUGAACACCUUGAACCUUGAUGAGUUCCAGUAUGUGGUAUAUUAUGCAGAGCAUUCAGAGCAAAUACUCUCUUUCGGAGCGCUUAAUCCGAACAAUUGCUGCCAUCCGUUCCUUCCCACAUGAUAAUGUAGAGGACCUCAUCAGAGGGGGAGCAGAUGUGAACUGCACCCAUGGCACUCUGAAGCCCUUGCACUGUGCCUGUAUGGUGUCAGAUGCUGACUGUGUGGAGUUACUUCUGGAAAAAGGAGCCGAGGUGAAUGCCCUGGAUGGGUAUAACCGAACAGCCCUCCACUAUGCAGCAGAGAAAGAUGAGGCUUGUGUGGAGGUCCUACUGGAGUAUGGUGCAAACCCCAAUGCUUUGGAUGGCAACAGAGAUACCCCACUUCACUGGGCAGCCUUUAAGAACAAUGCUGAGUGUGUGCGGGCUCUCCUAGAGAGUGGGGCUUCUGUCAAUGCCCUGGAUUACAACAAUGAUACACCACUCAGCUGGGCUGCCAUGAAGGGAAAUCUUGAGAGUGUCAGCAUCCUUCUGGAUUAUGGCGCAGAGGUCAGAGUCAUCAACCUAAUAGGCCAGACACCCAUCUCCCGCCUGGUGGCUCUGCUAGUCAGGGGACUUGGAACAGAGAAAGAGGACUCUUGCUUUGAGCUUCUCCACAGAGCCGUUGGACAUUUUGAAUUGAGGAAAAAUGGUACCAUGCCACGGGAGGUGGCCAGAGAUCAGCAGCUGUGUGAAAAACUGACUGUUCUGUGCUCAGCCCCAGGAACUCUAAAAACACUUGCUCGCUAUGCUGUGCGCCAUAGCCUGGGACUCCAGUAUCUGCCAGAUGCAGUGAAGGGCCUUCCACUGCCAGCUUCCUUGAAAGAAUACCUGUUACUUUUAGAAUAGCCCAGAGAAGAUGUUUGCAUCAUCAUGCAGGCCACUCUGGGUGAGGUUGUACCUGCAGUACACUUUGUCACAGAAAACAGAAAAACAGUUGUUCCUGUUGUGUGGUUUAUAGAUUUCAAAGCAACAUGUCACAAUGGUAACCUCCAUACCACUUCCCCUCCCCAAACCAAACAGCCAAACAAAAAGAAUCCCUUACUUUUAUUUUCUGUUUAUUGCUUACUUGCCUUUUUAUAUUGCCCUUUGCAAAAGAAGAGGUCUCCCUCAAUCCUCCCCUUAGGAAAGGAGUCAGCAGUGCAACUAAAUUUCUCUAGGAAGAUGGAAAGUACUUAGAGAAUAUGUGUGUGGUUUUCCUUUGGGGACAUGGUUAAUGGUCCAGAAAAAUUCCCUCUAGAAAGCAUUUUAGGUCGAGUGCAGUGGCUCAUGCCUGUAAUCAAUCCCAACGUUUUGGGAGGCCGAGGUGGGCAGAUCACCUGAGGUCAGGAGUUUGAGACCAGCCUGACCAAUAUGAUGAAACCCCGUCUCUACUAAAAAUACAAAAACUAGCUGGGCGUGGUGACAGACGCCUGUAAUCCCAGCUACUCGGGAGGCUGAGACAGGAGAAUCACUUGAACCCAGGAGGCAGAGGCUGCAGUGAGCUGAGAUUGUGCCAUUGCACUCUAGCCUAGGCAACAAGAGUGAAACUCCAUCUCAAAAAAAAAAAAAAAAAAAAAAUCUGUGAAGUUUAAGAAAAAUCACAAAUUCAGCUAACACAAUUGCAUCCCAAAGAUGAAGAUACUGUAACCUCAAAUGGUGCAAAUUCAGAACUGGGCUAGAUGACAUCCCUAGUGUGCCAUGUCCUUGGGCAUUUGGAAGGGACUGACCUCUUUCCCCUCAUCAAAGGAAACAGCAGACUUUGCCUCUUUCUCAUGGUUGUGCCCAAGGGCCACAGUAGCUCUGAAAUAACAUAGCUCUAAUAACAGUAAUACAUAGCUGUAUUACUACUGUUUCAGAGAUUAUCUUGCUGCUUUCCUUAUAGAAGAGAAAGCAGGUUCUAAGCAGUCCUGAGAACUUAGCUUCUAAUGCAGCUCUUUCUCUUCUUGAGAGCCAGUCUGUUCUAAAGGGCUUUGCAGGCAGUUCCUACACCUAUGGUGUUUGUUCCAGCAAGGAAGAGUUAUGGGCUGGGCUGCCUUUUCCCAUGGGUCUUCAUUCCCAAUGGAAAGUUCACUCUGCUUGCAGUUUGGAGUUACUUUUCUUUCAGCUGUUUUGGAAACUUUGCUUUUUACUGAUUUAUACAAUACAUUGGUGAGAAGGUAGAGUUGGGAUGGGGGUGGAAAAAGCAUAGAAGAGCUUCUUUUGUGAUGGUCCAUCUACCCAAAAGAGAUCUGCUUUAGUGAACAAUACUCUGUCAUUUCAUGUUGCUAUACUAGAUCAAGUUGUUACUGAUUUUAGAUGACUUAUAUGCAAACUUGAAAAACUUUUUUUUAAAAGUUGAUUGGGAACUACAAUGAAUGGAAUCUACUGACACAGCUAAUUGGAAAACAGAUGUCUGCUUUUGUCCUAUUACUACUGGUGUUUAAAAAACACCAUUUAAAAAAUAAAGAAUAAAUAGUUCUAAAAGCAA